AAUGAGAUGCAGAAUUUUACAACUUUGAUAGUUGAUAUGCUUAAAAAAGAGAAGUUGUUUGCAUCACAAGGAGGACCCGUUAUUUUAGCCCAGAUUGAGAAUGAAUAUGGGAAUGUGAUGUCUUCUUAUGGAGAUGCUGGCAAAGUUUACAUUGACUGGUGUGCAAAUAUGGCUGACUCCCUUCACAUUGGAGUUCCAUGGUUAAUGUGCCAACAAACCGAUGCUCCGGAGCCUAUGAUAGAGACAUGCAAUGGCUUUUAUUGUGAUUCAUACACUCCAAAGAAUCCCACCAGCCCUAAAAUGUGGACAGAAAACUGGACAGGCUGGUUUAAAAGCUGGGGCGGGAAAGACCCAUUUAGAACUGCUGAGGAUCUUGCCUAUUCUGUUGCAAGAUUUUUCCAAACUGGUGGAACCUUCCAAAAUUACUACAUGUAUCACGGUGGUACCAAUUUCGGUAGAACUGCUGGCGGUCCGUACAUCACUACUUCAUACGAUUACAAUGCACCUCUUGAUGAAUACGGUAACUUGAACCAACCCAAGUGGGGCCACUUGAAGCAACUUCAUUCUGUGUUGAAGUCAAUGGAGAAAACUUUGACUUAUGGAAAUAUCUCCACUUUGGAUUUCGGAUCCUCUGUCACUGCCACUACUUAUGCCACCGAAGAAGCCUCGAGUUGCUUUCUGGGAAAUGCAAAUGAGAGCAGCGAUGCAACAGUCAACUUCCGAGAUGUUGAUUAUGUUGUUCCUGCAUGGUCUGUUAGCAUUCUUCCUGACUGCAAGACCGUAGCCUUCAAUACCGCAAAGGUGAAUGUUCAAACAUCUGUGAUGGUUAAGAAACCUAAUGAAGCGUAUCCAAGUAGUCUUGAAUGGAUGUGGAGGUCCGAGAUGACUCAUGAUACUAUUGUUCGAGGCAAGGGUCAAGUUGUUGCUCAACAAAUUGUCGAUCAAAAAGAAAUGGCUAAUGAUACCAGUGACUAUUUGUGGUAUAUGACAAGUGUAAAACUUGGGAAAGAUGAUCCGGUUUGGAGUGACAACAUGACACUUCGCGUCAACGGCAGUGGCCAAAUUCUUCAUGCAUACGUUAAUGGAAAAUAUCUUGGUUCUCAAUGGGGCAAAUAUAAUGUAUUCAACUAUGUGUUUGAAAAGGAAGUUAAAUUAUCUCCUGGACUUAAUAAGAUCGCCCUCCUUAGUGCCACGGUUGGUUUUCAGAAUUAUGGUCCAAUGUUCGAUUUGACACAAGCUGGUGUGCCUGGGCCUGUUGAAAUUGUUGGUCGCAAGGGAGAUGAAACAAUUAUCAAAGAUUUGUCUUCUAACAAGUGGAGUUACAAGAUUGGUUUGAAUGGCAUGAACAAUGAAAUUUUCAACCCAGAUUGUAAAAAUGUCAAAUGGUCAUCACAAAAUGUUCCUGUCAAUAGAAAUAUGACUUGGUACAAGGCUAGCUUUAAAGCUCCUCUGGGAACAGACCCAGUAGUUGUAGAUUUACAAGGACUGGGCAAAGGCGAAGCUUGGAUCAAUGGACACAGCAUUGGCCGAUACUGGCCAAGCUUCAUUGCGGACGAAGAAGGUUGCAGCAAUGAUGUUUGUGAUUACCGUGGUUCGUACGAUGGAGACAAGUGUGCAUCUAAUUGCGGUCAACCAACUCAAAGAUAUUACCACGUACCUCGCUCGUUCCUCGACAAAGAUGUGAAUACAAUUGUCUUAUUCGAAGAAUUUAGUGGGAAUCCUUGGCUAGUAAAUUUUCAGACCGUCGUGGUCGGGUCAGCUUGUGGUACUGUGUCUGAAGGUAACACGGUUGGGUUGUCAUGUCACGGUCGACCGAUUUCCGGAGUUCGGUUUGCAAGUUUCGGGAAUCCACAAGGUGUUUGUGGAGCAUUUGAGAAGGCUAGUUGUGACAGUGUUACAGAUGGUGUCGCCAUUGUUGAAUUUCAAUGUGUUGGAAAGGAGUCUUGCUCUCUUCAAGUUUCUCAGGACUGGUUUGGAUCGCCCAGUUGUGUGGAUGCACCAGUCAAUAAAUUUGCCGUUGAAGUCACUUGUUAG